CUUCACUUCUAUUUUAGGUUAUAAUUGGUUAUGGUUUGUUGUGCAAUGACUAUACAAGAGUAAAUAAUUGUGUAUAAUUGUAAUGAGUUUCAGUUAAUUAUCUGUUAUGAGAUGGCGUUUUUCAAUACCGAAAUUACAACUGAAAUUAUUUUAUUUUCUGUUGAUGCAAUAUUUAGUAUUAUACUAGUGAAAAGUUACAACAAAAUUGGAAGAUAUAUAAAUUGUUUACAGGAGGUUAGUUCAAGGGAGGACGAUAAUGCCUUGGACGAUGUAACCACUGACAAGGGCAGGUAUGCCAUGGUUCACGGGCCAGUGAAAGCGCUCGGGAACACUAUUCCCAGUCUCCACGUUCCGCACACGAGUGGAGUCGUCCAGAAAUUGACCACAAGUGAGUUGGUCAUGACGAGAAACUCCUCUGGAUUCUGGUGGGAUGAAUCGAGGCCGAUCCACCAAUCGUACAAUGUGGUGCCUUUUGCAAUCGUGCUGGGGAAGCACGUUAUAGAAGUGCAGGACGUGCUCGAGGCCGAUGAGCUGCACCUGGACACCGUCUACAACAAGUAUGACAGAACAGUCCACUCUCUAGCUGGUAACCUCUGGAGCUUCUUCUUUGGCGUGAGGCAGUACGGGAUGCAGACCACGGAAGAGAUGCUGAAGGAAGGGACUGUCGUUACAGGCAUCGGAGAUCUGAUGUUGUCCUCCGAUGGCACAAAACUCCUAGUACCUCCCAGUGAUAACAGACCGUACUUCAUCACCACCCAGCCGCUAUCGUCACUGCUGCGAGAUCUCAGGGACAAGAAGUCACUGUUUGGUUGGUUGCUGAUCCUCACCGGAGGUCUGACGAUAAUGUUUGGAGGUCUGCUGGCUCGGAGGUUGUGGGCCAACAUGAAGAAGCGGAGAGACAAACAAGAGCUGCAGAGGCGACUGGACCAGGACCGACGGUCGCGGAGACAGAAUGUCCGAGAUGACGAGCUGCCCGAGACUUUGCGCUGCGUCGUCUGCCAGGAGAAUCCCAAGGAGGUGAUACUGCUGCCCUGUGGACAUCUCUGUAUCUGCGAAGAUUGUAGCGAACAGAUCAACUCCUCAUGUCCUAUCUGCCGAAGCCACAUCGCCACGAAAGCUGCUGCGUUCUUGUCCUAGCACACUCUCGCUCUCUUGUUGUGUAGUUAUGUACAGUAUAAAUGUAAAUAAUUGUAAAUUAAAAUUAUAUACUACUGUUUUA